AUACAAUAUGCACAAUAUAACUCAUAAAUGUUAUCUGUGUUUCCUAAAACAGAUGUAUGCCAUAUAGAUUGUUCUUUUGAUGUGAACUUGUGUAACUGGAAACAAUCAACGAGUGAUAACAUGGACUGGAUACACUGGAAUGGCUCAACCCCUUCCGAUUUUACUGGACCAUCCUUUGACCACACAACAGGAUGUAAGUCAUUUAUUUACUUACUUUCUCUGUUUGUAAUAGUUUAUAUAACUCCCAAAAUAAUGGUUCAUAACAGAAAAGGUACUUCAGCAUUAAUAUUUUAAUUUAAACAGAUGGCUACUAUCUAUACAUUAAUGGACAGGAUUCAGAAGAGGGAGACUUUGCAAGAUUGGAGAGUCCUACAAAUUGUUUCACUGGAACUCAUUGCUUACAGUUUUGGUAUCACAUGUAUGGAGCAGCAAAAUACAUGAUGCUGAGGGUGUCAGUACUAAGAGAUUAUGGUUUGGAAGAUGUCUUCACUAUAGAAGGAGAUCAUGGGGACAUGUGGUAUUUAGAGAAGAUUUUCCUGCCUGAAAGUGAUAUUAUCCAGAUUUUCAUUGAUGGUGUCAGAGGUGAAGAUUUCCGCAGUGAUGUUGCUAUAGAUGAUAUUUCUUUUUACCCAGGAUAUUGUACUGCAACAACUACCACCACCACCACUGUAACUACAAAACCGACAGGUUCUACUGUGUCAUCAACUAAAACCACAUCAUCACCAGGUAAAUAUAUUGCUCAUUUUAAAGAGUUGAGUAUUAUUUAUAAUAAAUCUAUUUAUUUUGUUAUUAUACAUUGUAAGACCUUGAUAAUAAAUUGGAAGUCAUGCAUACUUACAUGACAGUUUGACAUAAAUAAAAGUCAUGCAAAUCUGACUUACACUUAAAAUGUAUAAUUU